UCCUGUCAGUGACAACAACUCACUUAGGAACAAUAAUGAUUAAUCCUCCGAUGGCAGAGACUGUUGUUCUUAAGCAAUGGUACAUUGAACACAAAGAAGAAGUGAAUCGUCAGCUGGAAUUAAAAGUCUAUGAAAACCCUGAGUUUUUGUUACCACCACCAAAUGAAACAGAAAUUAUUUCAGUGCACUCGGCUUUACAAAAUUUGCAAACUUUGAAAACGGCAUGGGUUCGAGGAAAAGCCAGUCUUGCGUACGGGCAGACGUCUUAUUGGUUCACAGCUUGCUAUAAAUGCAAAAAAGGUUUGCGUGCCCAAGUCGGCUGGAUAGUCACAUGCCCUAAUUGCAAAUCAGAAGGGCCCGUCGAACCUAGGUGUAGAUUUACACUUGCUAUUGAAGAUAACAGUGGGCUGAUUCAAGCUGUUAUUAGUGGUCCAAAGGCGGAACAAUUGCUUCCGAUGACAGCAGCCCAAAUGAGCUUAAACAAAAAUCAG